AUGGACUUGGAGGAACGUGCAAAACUCAAUCUCACCGUCCUUAAACGACACGACCCUUCCAUCAGCGACAUUUGCGACCAAUCACCCCAUGCUGUUGUUUAUAAAUUCAUAAGAGACAAGAACGGUUGGGACAAGAUGGGAAUGGAAGGUGUCUUAUUCUUAGUGCAUAGAGACACGUCACCGAAAUACGCAUUAUGCAUACUUAAUCGGAUCAGCAUGGAUAACUUUUGGCUAUAUUUAAGCGACAUUGUGGAUAUCAGUUUGAAUGAGGAAUUUGUCAUGUGCCAGACGAGUGAAGGCAAGGCAUGCGGUUUAUGGUUAUUUGAAGAGAAGGACAGGCAAAGAUUUGUGGAUCGUAUAUUGCAGUUACGCAAACAAGAACAAGACCAAGUCGACAUUCUCAAGUUUUUCGGAAGGGCAACAACGAUUACACCACAAUCACCAGCAAAUGAACCAAAACCCGAGAAUCAGCAACAGCAACAUGCAUCGGAACUAUUGAAGUUAUUGCAACCCAACAAGGCAACAGAUGAUCAAGGUGUGAAGCAACAACAACAAAUGCCACAACCACCUCAACCACCCAUGAAUCAUAGCAACAAUCAUUAUUCACAACCACCGCCAAUGAUGUUUGGUGGACAUCCUCCUCCACCUCCUCCACCACCAUCACAGCCUUACCAUCAUCAUCCUCAUCCUCAUCAUCCUUAUCCUAAUCCUAUGGAAGAUAUGGCAGCUGCAGCAGCACAUGUUAAUGAGUAUCCAAUGAUGUAUCCACAGCAUCAAUCAUCGCCUAUGCGUCCUCCACCACCGCCAACUCAACCUCCACCACCUCCUACAUCUUCCACUGCUGAUGGUGAAUUAGCCAAAUCACUAUUCCCUGGUUCAUCGCUUCAUCCAGCUGCUGCUGCAUCUCCACAAAAGACUGCUUCACUUUUACAAGCUCUUCAAGGAGGUGGCUCGAAUGGUCCUGUGCCUGUUUCAUCCACAUCAUCACCUCGUAACUCGCCAUAUCUUUUGGGUAAUCGUCCUUGGCCAUCACCUGCUGGUGCUGCUGCUGUGGGUGGUAAUUAUUCAUCGCCUCUAAGCAAUGCUCCACCAUUGACAUCGCAACAAGUUAUGGAUUUGACGCAAACUGAAUUGGAUCGUCGUAUGCAAGAAGGACAACCUACACUUUCCAAGCCUGAAUUUAUUCAACAAUUCUUGAACAUGGUCAAGAACGAUCCAUCCUUCCUAGAUACUUUAUAUGAUCGCUAUCGAAAUGACAGACCAUCCACCACCACCACCAACAAGGGCAAGCAAAUCCCAUUACGGUACCCCCAAUAA